AUGAGCUGCGAGAACUGCUUUAAAGGUUCCGUGCUUCCCGGCGAGCCCUCCGGCUCCAUCGUCGACGGCGCAUACCUCGCCGCGUCGCCUACACCUGCUGCUGACGGCACAAAACGCGCCGUUGUGCUACUCACCGACAUCUUUGGCCUCCCUCUCAAAAACUCGAAGAUCCAGGCGGACAGGCUCGCGAAGGAGAUUGGCGUGGACGUGUGGGUACCGGACCUCUUUGCCGGUAAGCCCCCGGUGAAGGAACACGAGCUCGAGCCUCUUCUGCCGGACCGCGCAGGCGCCAAGAUGGGGUUCAUGACCUACGUUCGCUUGAUCAUGCUCAUGCUUCCCCGCGCUUACUCAAUGUACACGACGAGACCGUCUGUCGGUGAACAGCACGCGCGAACGUUCUUAACGAAGUUGCGCAAGGAGAAGGGGUACGCCAAGAUAGGCGCGGUCGGGUACUGUUACGGCGGCACAGUCGCGGCUUUCGUUGCCAAAUCGCCAGAGCUCAUCGAUUCAGUCGUCAUUGCGCACCCCGGCGGCGUUACGGAAGAUGUGGUGAAGGCGAUUAAAGUCCCGGCGAGCUGGGCUUGUGCUGAGGAGGACAUGGGGUUCAAGCCUGCACAGCGUAAUACGGCCGAAGCUGUCUUCAAAGCUCGCGAGGGCAAGGAAGACUUCAUCCCCUACGAAUUCAAGGACUGGAAAGGAUGUGCUCACGGAUUCGCGAUUCGCCCGAAUCAAGCGUACGAGGACGUGAAGGCGGGUUAUGAAGGCGCAACAGUGCAGACGAUCGAGUGGUUCAAGAAGACGCUGUUCUGA